UGUGUGUUUUCUGGUUGCCAAUGAAAAGAUGUUGCGCUGUGGAGUUGGAGACAGAUGAGAAAUCACUGUCAGACGCUCCAAACGGGAAUAACAACGCUCUUAUUUGAAUAAAGACAGUUGCCUCAUCUGAUGUGGACGAUUUAGAGAAGAUGCAUACAACUCGCAGUCCAUCCGCAUCCAUCCAGACAGGAGCAGCUGGAGACGUACUGGACCUCAGCCUGAGCGGCUCUCAGCUCGCAAUGGGCCGCAGACCCAGCAGUGCUUCACCUGGAAAACACUUCUCUCGAUCCAUAUCUGUGUCUGUGGCCAGUGACGGCCGGGGGAAGCGAAACACUUUGACUGAUGCUGGAUUGGGAAGCUCACGGGCAAUUAAGAACCUGCGUCGGUCUAACAGCACCACACAGGUGAACCAGCAGGCCAACACAAGCCCCAGUGAAGGCCACACAGAAGACUUCCUGGCUCUGUUCAACAGCAGCUCUGAUGGACGUAGAAAACUGGCCGGCCUCUCCAAGACGUCCAAAGACCGUACCACUUGGAACAUCCUGGAUGAUCAGCAGAGAGUGUUCCCUGUGCCCAGCAGCUCUCACAGUACCUGCAGUAUGGAUUCUCCUACAGGGCUGAAGAAGAGGGAAGCUGGCAUCUCUCUGGCUGCUAACUUCACUGCCAACAACAGGAGCAAUAAAGCAGCUGUGGGUAACUCUGUGACCACCAUCCUUCAUAACAACCACUCAGAGAAACCCCUCACUCCCAAGAGCUCCAAUCAGAAACCCUCCUUCAAUAACAUAAUCAAAGCCACCGUAAAUGAUGAUUCGACUCUGGAUGCGAGUGGUUCUCUUACUAAGUCUCAGAAGAAUUUCUCUUCUGCGUCAUCGAGCUCCAACAACAACGCCCCCCGUAGUCCCCGAAGCCCAGGUCAGCCACGCAGGCGAGAGGUGACCGAGGAGGAGGCCGAAAGGUAUAUUCAGCAGGUGAACCAUGCUGCUAUUAUCAUCCAGCGUUGGUAUCGUCGCCAUGCCAACAGAAAGCGAGCCAAUGAGAAUACAAUCAAACACCUCCUCACAUCUAAAAAAAAGGAGAGGGAGCAGAGAGCAGAGGAGGAAAAAACCACUGAGUCAUUGAAGAAGAAAGAAGAUGAUCGAAAACGCAUCAGGGAGGAGAAGGCUCGCCUGGCUCGGCAUACCGCCAUACAGGAGCUUCAGCAGAAAAGAGCCCAACGUGCUGCAGAGGUACAACAGAUCGCAGAGGAGGAGGUAGAGGCACUAAGACAUGCUGGGAAAGUGGGCCGUAAAAAACUCACCAAGAGUUCACCCACUUCUCCCACUGAUGUCAAGGCUAUGAACACAGAUUCUAAUGUAAAUGUGGUGCCUGAUCUGGAUGAUGUGACGAAUUUGAGGGCCGCGUCACCUGUUGGUUCUGUGUGCCGAGGAUCUCAGUGUUCACAGGAGAUCCUCCGGAGGUCUGUGAGCAUGGAGGACCAGCGGCAGGGUGCGCCAUCGAGCAGGACGCAGUCAAAAACCACUCUGAAUGACCUGCUAGACACACUGAAGCUCUUAGAAGAGGAGCCACAGAGACUGUCAGAGCCCAAGAGCUACAGGAAGGACAAGUAUGCGUGGAUUGACAAGGAUGGAGACUCCAACUCCCUGACGACUGAUAACGUGGAACGGCACAGGCAGCUGAGUCAGACUCCAGUCCUUCCAGAUGGGGGCGCUCUGCUUUCAGAAGCUAAACUGCAGAGCAUUAUGAGCUUCCUGGAUGAGAUGGAGAAGUCAGAGCAGGAGAGACCACGCUCGGUCACCUCUGGAUCACAUAGAGAGGUGGUGUUGUCAGAGGAAGAUCUAGCAGUUGUGGAACAAGCCUCGGCCACAGCUGCUGAGGUCACCGGCUCUAUGAUGAGACUCAAACUGGAGCUGGAUGAGAAAAAACGCACCGUCAAUAUGCUACAAACAGCGCUGGCCCAGCAGAGGGAGCUGACGAUCCGGCAUGUGAAGGAGACAGAGAAAGAGCUCAAUCAUACGUUGCAGUUACAGAAACAGCAGUAUGAAGCUACGAUACAGAGACACCUGACGUUUAUAGACCAGCUGAUUGAUGAUAAAAAGGCCCUAAGUGAAAAGUGUGAGGAAGUAGUUGGAGAACUCAAGCAGGUGGACCAGAAAUACACUAAGAAGAUCGCUCAGAUGCAGGAGCAACAUGAGCUGGUGUGGCAAAUUCUGGGUCCCAUGUGUGAGGAGAUUAAGAAGCUAAAAGAGUUAAUGAGUGCCACAGAAAAGAUCCGCCGGGAGAAAUGGAUCGAUGAGAAGACCAAAAAGAUCAAGGAGAUCACGGUGAAAGGUCUGGAGCCAGAGAUUCAGAAGCUGAUCUCCAAACACAAGCAGGAGCUGAAGAAACUGAGAGUUCUUCACGAGGCAGAGCUGCUUCAGGCAGACGAGAGGGCCGCUCAGCGCUACGUCAGGCAGAGCGAGGAGUUACGACAGCAUUUGGAGAGAGAAAGAGAUGAACAGUGCCAGAGAGAGAGAGAACUGGCUAAGCAAAGGUUUGAGAAACAGCUGCAGGAAGAGGAGAACGCGCUGCAGCAGCAGAGGAGGCGCCUGUAUAAGGAAGUGUCAGAGGAGAAAGAGCGAAUCACACAGCUGGCAGCCAGGCAGCAUGCUGAGCUGGAAGACUUAAGGAAGCAGUUGGAAGACAACAGCUCAUUGGCAGGAAGAGCGUUAAGAGAAGAACUGGAGAAGAGCAGAGAUGAGCAGGAGAGACGUCACCAGGUUGAAGUUAAAGCCCUGAAGGAAAGGCUUGAAAUUGAGAAACAGACAUGGGAAGAAAAUUAUAUGAAAAAAGAGGAAGCGUGGCUGCUGAGCCGAGAGAGGGAGCUUAAAGAGGAAGUGCGUCGAGGGAGAGACAAAGAGAUUGAGCUGGCCAUUCAGAGACUAGAGGAGGAGACCAGGGGGGCAAGAGAGGAGUGUGAGAGAGCGGCUGACAAUAGGAUAAAGCGCGUGAGGGAGAAAUAUGAGGCCGAGAUCAGAGAUCUGGAGCGUUCGGAGCGGGCUGCACUGCAGAAACAGCAAGAGAUGAGAGAGAAACACAGUGAGAUGGAGGCAGAGCUCCUUCGACUGCAGUCACUGUUACGACAACGAGAGCAAGAGAUAAGCGACCUCACCCAGGCUCGUGAUAAGUUGUCAGAUGAGCGCCGCAGCCUUGCAGAAGUGAUCAGACAAGAGUUUGCUGAGCGGCUUGUAGAAACAGAGGAAGAGAAUAGGAGGAUGAAGAUGGAAAUAUCUGAAGCCAAAGCACGACUCCGCUUAGAGGUGGAGCGAGUGAGCAGAGAGAAAGAAGAGGAGCUUGCAGAAGUCCAUCAGAGAGUAAAGUCAGCUAUUUUGAAGAAGGAAGAGACUGUUAAUAACUUGCGGAAGCAGCAUGAGGCUGCGGUGAAGAGAGCAGAUCAUCUUGAGUCUUUGUUGGAACAGCAGAGAAAACAACUGUUAGGGAAAUGAUUGACAAGUUAGGGCAUUGACCCCUCCCACCACCAUAACCCGUCCCUUCUGUUAUACCGU